AUGACUUUCGGAAACUUCGUCGACGCUGGUCCAUCUGGGGGCAAAGCGACACGAUUGUCCGCGGAAGAAUUAUGCAAUCCGCAUGCAGAAAGCGACGAAACGCUUGCUGUCGUCCAAAAUGCAUUCUUAACUCUGUCAGAUGAUGCGCUGACUAUUAUCGAUAGAGGGCUGAAGGCGGGCUCACAGCGCCGUUGUUGCGGCUUUCCAUUCUCUCCGAAAGAUUACUCCCGAGAUCUCGAAGCCUCGCGAUUGAUUCCUUAUUUCAACAUACUCUGGGCUGAUAUAUCUGAUGGCUAUAUCACCGUUAAAUAUGCUGAGCAGGUUAGCAAAAAAGAUCUCAGGCUUGGUUCACUGUAUUAUCCAGUUAGCUCUGAAAACAGGUCGAAAGCAGGCGCCUGGAUCGAGAAACUUUUGGAUCUAGCUUACGGUAAGGCACAGCGGAAAAAGCGUAUAAAGGUCUUGAUCAAUCCUUUUGGCGGAAUCGGCAAGGCGCCCAAAUAUUACAACAAAAAGGUUGAGCCAAUAUUUGCUGCUGCGAGAUGCAAAAUUGAUGUCGAAUCGACAACAUAUCGAGGCCACGCAAUCGAUAUCGUGGAGAAGCUCGACAUCGAUGCAUAUGAUGUUGUCGCAGCCUGCUCAGGUGAUGGUGUAAUCUACGAGAUUUUCAAUGGCCUGGCCAAGAAACCAAAUGCUGGCGAAGCCCUGAGAAAAAUUGCCGUUGCUCAUAUACCAUGCGGAUCAGGAAACGCAAUGAGCUGGAACCUCAAUGGGACUGGCAGUGCCAGUUUGGCGGCGCUUUGUAUCGUCAAAGGGCUGAGAACACCCCUGGAUUUGGUCUCCAUUACCCAAGGCAAUCGACGUACGCUAUCAUUCUUGUCCCAGGCCUUUGGUAUUACAGCUGAAUCAGAUCUUGGAACCGACAACAUCCGAUGGAUGGGUCAGGCUCGCUUCACCUUCGGAUUCCUAGUCCGCCUUUUUGGAAAAACAGUUUAUCCUUGUGAUUUGGCUGUGAAAGUCGAAAUCGGCAAUAAGCAGCAGAUCAAAGAUCACUAUCGUACCGAAUCUGCAAGGAAAGGCUUCGAUCAAUUCCGCGAUAAGGGGUCAUCUGCACAGACUGGCCUUCCGGCUCUGCGAUAUGGUACCGUUAACGAUCCGCUACCUGAAGGCUGGACUCUGGUACCCCACGACAAUAUGGGCAAUUUCUACGCGGGGAAUAUGGCAUAUAUGGCUGCGGAUACGAAUUUCUUUCCCGCUGCACUACCCAACGACGGGUAUUUGGAUCUUGUUACAAUCAAUGGUGAUAUUGGCCGAUGGACUGCUAUCCAGAUGCUAAAGGCUGUGGAUAACGGCACGCUGUUUGAUAUGCCUGAGAUCAAGGUCCAAAAGAUUACUGGGUACAGAAUCAUCCCCAGAGAUCGGAAGCAAGGCUACAUUAGUAUUGAUGGGGAGCAGAUACCAUUUGAGCCUUUCCAGGCAGAAGUUCACAGAGGGCUCGGAACUGUACUAUCCAAGUCUGGAUACAAAUAUGAAGCUGAAGGAGUGAAGUGA